AUGUUUCAAAAGACAUCAUGUGCAGCAUCGGCUGGUGCUUGUGCUGAGCCUGAAACUGAGAAAGAUCCAAUAAUUGUUCGAGUUGAGAAUGACGAUAAAAAUUUGUCAAAAAAUAUCGAUUGUAGUGAAUUUGAUGUUAUUAAAGCUGUUCAAUAUGGUGCAUGUGAGAGAGUUUCGGAGCUGAUUGAGGCGGGACUUGAUGUCAAUCAGCCGGACAAUGACACCGUCUAUUUACUGCACUGGGCAGCGAUUAAUAAUCGGAGGGAAAUCAUAAAAUUAUUAAUCGAAAAAGGCGCAAUUGUGAAUGUUGUUGGCGGUGAUCUUCAGUCGACUCCACUCCAUUGGGCUGUACGGCAGGGUCAUUUGGCAGCAACCGUCCUGUUAAUGAAAAAUGGUGCAGAUCCGAAUCUCUUAGAUGCUGAAGGGAGUGGCUGCAUACAUUUAGCUAGUCAAUUCGGUCAUACGGCAGUGGUAGCUUAUUUAAUAGCCAAAAAUGUAUACUUAGAUAUUUACGAUUCCAGUGGAAUGACACCGCUCAUGUGGAGUGCUUGGAAGAUGAUUUCACUUGAUCCAGUACGAUUGCUGUUGACGCUUGGAGCUAAUCCUAAUUUACAGGAUUUAGCUCAUGGAAAUACAGCUCUUCACUGGGCCAUUCUCUCCAGAAAUCACCGAGCAAUUCACACCUUAGUAAUUAAAGGCAAAGCCAAUAUCGAUGUUAAAAAUAAAAAGGGUGACAGCCCACUCCAACUACUUCAACAACAUAUCGGCUCUAGAUGGAUAACUAGAGAAGUCACAGACCUCAUAAAGCACAUCACACAGCAACGUUCAAAAGUCAGCAUACUCAUGAAAAUUACCAUGAAUCAAGACAUAAAAUGGUGGACACUCGUCUGCAUUCCAUUCAUCCUACUCUUCUCAAUAGGACUAAUUUUAUCAGCGGAAAUUUUCUUUAUUUUUAAGAUAGUUUUAAUUGUUAUUGUUUGUGUCGUCAUAUCGAUUAUAAAGCGAAUUAUGUUGGAUGAUAAUUUGCAAUCGCAGCUUCCGUUGAUGUUUUAUUGGGCAACAAUGGCUUUCUUCUAUGUGAGUUGGGCUGUCUAUAUUGCACCGGUUGUACCGUCUUUGAUGAGCUUCCUGUUUGGAGGACUUAACUUUGUGCUGUUUAUUUGCUUUAUUGUACUUUUGCUUGGUGAUCCCGGAAUUCUCAAAGCUACCCUUAGUGAACGACUGAAGACGAUCAUUUACAUCGCAGAAAGUGACGAGAAGGGAAAAGGUUUUGAACCUUCAUCAUUUUGCUCAGCUUGUCUAAUAAGACGUCCAAUUAGAUCGAAACAUUGCUCAGUUUGUGACCGGUGUGUGGGAAAAUUUGAUCAUCAUUGUCCAUGGAUAGCCAACGACAUUGGCAUCAACAAUCAUAGAAUCUUCAUCCUCUUCAUCCUUCUCAUCCUUUUCAUCAUGAUUCUAAAUUUCUAUGGAGGAAUUUUAUUUUAUCAACAAAAUUGUAAUCUAGCUGGUGAAGGUAUUUGGAAUGCACUUUUAAUCAUUAACAAUUGCUCAUUGUGGGUCGUGUGGAUGAUGAUCAAUGCAUGUUUUCACAUCUUCUGGGUGACAAUCCUCUCCGUUAUUCAAUUUUAUCAAAUCGUAUUUAUGGGAAUGACAACGAAUGAGCGAGUCAAUCGAGGACGCUACAAACAUUUUGCAGAAUUGGGUGGAAAAUCGCCAUUCCAUCUCGGUCUAUUAAAUAAUUUAGCGGAUUUCUUCCAGUGCAAUUGUUUUGGUUUGUUUAGCAACAAAAAAAGGAAUUGGAUGAUUUUUAAUGACAAUUUAGAGUCAAGGAUUAUCGGGAAUGGAUCAUUGUUGAGAUUAAAUGAAGGCCUUGAAUAUGUUUGA